GCUUGAUAUUCGGCUAAAGUGAGAAAAAGAAGUUCUGUCUAGAAAUUAUAGAAAUAGAAAAAAAAGACCCGUGUCUCCCAGUCGCAAUUCUCCCUUUCGCGCGCGAAGUUAGUAGGUUAGGUUGUGGCUGUCAACGAGUGGACGAGGAUGCAGCGAAUGUCGGCAGGUAUUCGCUCUUGCUGAACGCGACCGUUUGCGACGAUCAGGACGAGAUUGCUUCGAAUCUCGGUGCGGAUCUUACUCGCUCCGUUCACGCAGAUUCCGAGCGCCUAAAUGAGUACCAGGAGCAAGUACAACUGCGUUCUGUGCGACUCGAAGUUGGACACCAAGGAAGCGCUGCAGCAACACUUUAGGCGACAUGCAAAUAAAGAGAUAGAUGGUCGUGGAAGACCAAUAGAAAAGAAAAGUGAUGAAAACACUCUGUGUGAUAUAUGCAAUCAGUCGUUUGAUUCAAUACGGGCAACAAUAAGGCACAGAUUUAAAAUGCAUCCCAAUUCACCAACCAAAUUCCAUUGUUCCUAUUGUGGACAGCAAUUUCCUCUAAAGAAUCACAGAGAUACUCAUCAAACUUUGCAUGAUGCAACUGAAAGCGAGAAUAAAGAUCAACACAGAAAAUGUGAGGAGUGUGACAUAUUAUUUUACAAUAAAAAAGCAUUGGAAUAUCAUUGUAAAUCUAUUCAUAAAAGAAUGGUACACUUGUUUAAACCGAUAGCCACUCCUCCGCCUAGUAACAAAAUCAAAUUCAACUCUAUGAAUGAAGCAAUGAACGUUUACUAUUGUCAUUUAUGUGGCGUCGAAUAUAUUGUAAAGUUCAAUUUGCAACAGCAUUUGGAAAGGAUACACACGACAAGAGAAAGGGAGACUAUGCCGCCGGAGUUGAUUAAAUGUACAGUGUGUGCAGCAUUGUUUUACAAUAAAAGGGCCUACAACAUACACAACACUUAUCAUCAUCCGGAUGAUUUAUAUGUGACCUCCGAAGAGCAGAGAACACAGAUGGUGACCAGGAUUGAUCAAGACUUUGACGUUAGGAGAGUACAAUCUAUGGCCGAUAGAUACGUAUCGCGAUCUAAUAUAAUUAAGAGACAGAUUAACUAUAAGAUAAAGAAUGAAGUGGAGAAGACAGAUAUUACGAGAGAAAUAAAGAGAGAGAGGUUAGAUAAAGAGAUAAAGACAGAGAUAAAGAGAGAGAGGUCUGUGUCAUUAGACGACCCUGCGUGUAUCAACGAAUCCAGCGAUUCCGAGAGCGACAUCCCAUUGAAACAAAGGAUCGCCAGCUAACGGAGGUUAUUUUUUUUAUUAUAAAAUAUUUCUAUUCCUGAUCUAAGGGAAUUUUGUUGUAGGAGAGAUUUAUGAACUGCUGCUAUACACAAUCGUGAUAGUCAUCUGCUUUUUUGCAGUUGUUAUAUGUAUAUUAUAUAAGUUAAAGAAAUUGUAGAA